AUGGACAGACUCGUGGUGCGGGGAUCCGGCACCGGCCGGCCCGGGGGGUCCGGGGAGCGCCGAGGGGAUCCCCGUGGGAUUCCCGGAGUGCCGGGUGGUUCCCAGGGUGCCGGGGGUGCCUGGGGGGUUCCCGGGGUACCGGCGGGUGCCCCCCCAGUGCCGGAGGUGCCGCCCCCGCCCCGCCCCGCCGCAGCGGAAGCGCCACGUCAGGGGGGCGGUCCCGGUGCCGGUGGCGGUGCGUGUCGCUGUGCCGGUGCGUGUCUGCCGGUGCGUGUCGCUGUGCCGGUGCGUGUCGCUGUGCCGGUGCGUGUCGCGGUGCGUGUGGCGGGGCCGGGCGCGGUGCGUGUCGCGAUGCCGGGCGCGGUGCGUGUGGCGGUGCGGGCGCUGUGCCUGGCCGCGCUCCUGGGCGCUCUGGGAGCCGGCGGGACGGAACUGACGCUGGAGCUGCCCGACAGCGACCGGCGCUGCUUCCACCAGGAGCUGGAGAGCGGCAUCAAGUUCACCCUCGACUACCAGGUAAUCAGUGGGGGACACUAUGAUGUAGACUGCUACGUGGAGGACCCCAACGGCAAGACCAUCUACCAGGAGACCAAGAAGCAGUACGACAGCUUCCCACACCGCACCGAGAUCAAGGGUGUCUACACCUUCUGCUUCAGCAAUGAGUUUUCCACCUUCUCCCACAAAAUCGUCUACUUUGACUUCCAGGUGGGCGACGAGCCGCCCAUCCUGCCCGACAUGAACAACCGCGUCACUGCCCUGACACAGAUGGAAUCUGCCUGCGUCACCAUCCAUGAGAUGCUGAACUCAGUGAUUGACUCCCAGACCCAUUACCGGCUGCGGGAGGCGCAGGACCGGAGCAGAGCCGAGGAGCUCAAUGGCCGUGUCUCAUACUGGUCGGUAGGGGAAACCCUCAUCCUCUUCGUGGUCAGCAUCGGACAGGUGAUACUGCUCAAGAGCUUCUUCACCGAGAAGAGACCCAGCAGCAGUGGGACCAGCACCUAGAGCCGAUGUGUCUGUGCCCGAGCAGAGCGGGGAGCGGGAUGGCAGCAGCCCUGGGGUCGUGCUUUCCCGCUGAUCUGUGCCGGAGGCGGGAGCAGGGGGUGACGUGACGCUGCUGAGCAGGGUGGACAGGGUGGACGUGGACACCCAAGAACAAGCAUCCCCCCGCAUCGCCUCCCACUCGCCAUCGCCCACCUCGCUGUCCUGUCCCCCUGCCUGGCCACCCUGGCCACACGCUCUGGCUCCGCUGAGAAGCGGGUGGGUGCCCUGGACUAGUGUCAGCACCAACGCUGGGGGACCCUCAGAGCCCGACAUGACUGCAAUGGCCACGAGCUGCCCCUUGGAGCCCUGCACAGCCAGCGAGGGGAUGGGGCAGCUCUGGCCCACCUGGUGCCCACCCAGUGCCAUCAGCCCGAGGAGAGCUGCCAGCAGCGGAGCCACAGCAGCAGCAGCAGCAUCCCAUGAGGGCAGGUUUUUUGCUGGGUGGUCCUGUGGUUCUACUAGCCCCUCCCCUCAAAGCAUUUCUCAGGCCAGCAGUGUUUGAUUUGCCCCUACCAGGUGAUAUUUUCAUACUCACGUGGGUCCACGCCUGAGAGUCAGCCCACCACGCACGCCCCGCUGCAGAUAUGUGCCAAGGAAGCCCCAUCCCUCCCCCAGCAGCAUUGAGUACCCCCACGCGCUUGGGACUGCAGCCCCCAUUCCCUGGAGCCCCACAAAAUGGACACCCCCAGGAGAGCCCUGGGGUGAGCCCCCUGUGCAAGACCCCUGGUCUGUGCAAGACCCCUGGUGGCCUCCAGCCCUCAAGCAGGUGUGGGAUCCCUUCCCAGAGCUGGAGCAACUCCACUGGCCUUUGCCACUUCCAAAUAAAUCCCUGCAAGCAUG